AUUCAGAAAAAAGUCCAGAAGUUUGGCUGCUCGACAGGAUGCUACGAGCAGCAGCCUAUAGUCACACUGUAGAGUUGAUCUCUUCACAGAUUUUGUAUAGUCAGCUGCAGAGGACAACCUUUUAUUUGGAUUUCGUGCUGCAUUAUGGACUUGUCAGUCACGUUGAUUUUAGCGGGGCUUAUCAUGGCUUUGGCGUGGCUUUAUAGCCUGAAGAGUCGUAAACACAUAUGUUUACCUCCAGGACCGAUGGCUCUGCCACUCAUAGGAAACCUGCUGCAGAUGGACAAAAAAGCUCCAUUUAAAACUAUGCUCAAGCUCAGUGAAAGCUAUGGCCCUGUGAUAACUGUGUACCUGGGCCCUCUGCGCGUCGUGGUCCUCGUGGGGUAUGAUGCUGUGAAGGAGGCCCUGGUAGACCAAGCAGACGACUUCACUGGCAGAGCACCUGUUCCUUUGUUGAUGAGAGCUACCAAUGGCUAUGGUUUGGGGAUCAGUAAUGGAGAGCGCUGGCGGCAGUUGCGACGUUUCACCCUGACAACGCUGAGAGACUUUGGGAUGGGACGCAAGGGGAUGGAAGAGUGGAUCAAUGAGGAGAGCAAACAUCUGAUCGCACGCAUAAAUAGUGCCAAGGCCACGGCGUUUGAUCCCACCUACUUCUUGAGCUGCUCCGUGUCCAACGUGAUCUGCUGCUUGGUGUUUGGUCAACGCUUCAGCUAUGAUGACGAACACUUCCUGUCCCUUCUGGAAAUAAUCUCAGACACCCUGGCUUUUGGCAGCAGUCCCUGGGGUCAGUUGUAUAAUAUCUUCCCUUGGUUGAUGGAAAGGCUGCCAGGUCGACAGCACAUAAGGUUUGCCAAAAUUGAGGAGCUGAAAAAGUUUAUUAUGAAAAAGAUCCAGGAACACCAGGACACGCUGGAACCCAGCUCACCAAGAGAUUACGUCGACUGCUUCCUCACGAGACUCAAACAGGAAAAGGCCCUUCCCACAACUGAGUUCAACUAUGACAACUUGGUGUCAACAGUGUUCAAUCUGUACCUGGCAGGAACUGAAACCACCAGCUCAACUCUCAGAUUUGGACUUAGCGUGCUGAUCAAAUACCCCAAAAUACAGGAGAAGAUGCAGCAGGAGAUUGACACUGUCAUUGAACGGGAGCGUUUACCUUAUAUGGAGGACAGGAAGUCUCUGCCAUUUACAGAUGCAGUCCUUCAUGAAAUUCAACGUCUUCUGGACAUUGUCCCCAUGAGCGUCCCUCACUACGCACUCCACGACAUCUCUUUCAGGGGUUACACAAUUCCCAAGGCUACACUCAUAAUUCCCUUGUUGCACUCUGUGCUGAAAGAGGAAAAGCAGUGGGAGACUCCCUGGUCCUUCAACCCCCAGCACUUCCUGGACCAGAAUGACAAAUUCAAGAAAAAUCCUGCAUUCCUGCCAUUCUCUGCAGGAAAGAGAUCUUGUGUUGGAGAGUCCCUUGCUCGCAUGGAGAUUUUCCUCUUCCUGGUGUCACUUCUGCAGCGUUUCACCUUUUCUUGCCCUGGAGGACCUGACAGUGUAGAUCUCAGCCCUGAGCACAGCAGCUUCGCCAAUGUUCCUCGCAGGUACCAGAUCAUUGCAAUGCCCCGGUGGUAAUGACACAGCAUAGUUCCGUGCUUUCCACCUUUCUUUUUCUCACAGUGCAGUUAAUACAUAGCCUUGUAGAACAAG